AACAAAACCCGGGUGUUUUCACCGCCCGAGUGUCUUCUGUGCAGAGCUGUCCGAUCAGCCGUGGCGGUCGUAACUUGGCGGCUAUUUAUGCUUCUGAUUAGAAAUCCAGAUUACCGCCUGUUUGUCACGUCAACAUGGAGAACCGAAAACGACCGCGCGAGGCGGUUUUGACCCCUGACGAGAGCUUCAAAACGCCGGAGAAGAGAAUGUCAUUGGUCCCGGUGCUGGACUCGGACUACAUGCGAUGGGGAGUUGAGGAAGCGUGUCGGUACCUGCGAAGAGAAGGUCUUGGAGAAUGGGAAGGAACAUUUAGAGCACAAAAAAUCACAGGUGUCGGGCUGCGGUAUCUCAAGGAUGCUGACCUGGAGAAGAUUGGCAUUGAGUACCUUGGUGACCGGCUGCGGAUGCUACACAGCCUCAGGAAGCUUUGGCAGAUAGAAGCUGAGCCAAAUAAGGUGUUUAAUGAUCCCAUCCACGGCCACGUGGAGAUGCACCCACUUCUCAUCAAAAUCAUCGACACGCCUCAGUUCCAGAGACUACGAAACCUCAAGCAGCUUGGCGGAGCCUACUUUGUUUUUCCUGGAGCAUCCCACAACCGCUUUGAACACUGCAUUGGGGUGGGUUACUUGGCAGGACAACUUGUACAAUCUCUGAAUGAGAGGCAGCCAGAACUCCUCAUCUCUCGCAGAGACAUCCUUUGUGUGCAGAUCGCCGGGCUCUGCCAUGACCUUGGACAUGGGCCAUUUUCCCAUAUGUUUGAUGGGAUGUUUAUCCCCAAAGCACGUCCGGGCAUUUCCUGGAAGCAUGAGACUGCCUCUCUAGCCAUGUUUGACUACCUGGUGAACGACAAUGGCCUGAAGACUGUAAUGGAGCAACAUGGCCUGGUGCUGCCCGAGGACCUGGACUUUAUAAAGGAACAGAUUGCUGGACCACUGGACACUAAUGCAGCUCAAGGCCAGAAGUGGCCAUAUAAAGGCCGUCCAGAAGACAAGUCCUUCCUCUAUGAAAUUGUGGCUAACAAAAGAAAUGGCAUCGAUGUGGACAAGUGGGACUACUUUGCCAGGGACUGCCAUCACCUGGGAAUCCAGAACAACUUUGACUAUCACCGCUUCCUAAAGUUUGCCAGGGUGUGUGAGGUGGACGGGCAGAAGCACAUCUGCACUAGAGAUAAGGAGGUGGGCAAUCUGUAUGACAUGUUCCACACAAGGAACUGUCUCCACAGAAGAGCCUACCAGCACAAAGUGGGCAACAUCAUAGAGACUAUGAUCACAGAGGCCUUUUUAAAAGCAGACAAGCACAUCCAGAUUGCAGGCUCAGGAGGGAAGUUGUUCACUCUUUCCACAGCCAUAGAUGACAUGGAGGCCUACACCAAGCUGACAGAUAAUGUGUUUGAACAAAUCCUCAACUCCUCCUCCCCGGGGCUGGCUGAGGCAAGGAAGAUUCUCCGCAACAUCAUCUGUCGACGCCUCUAUAAGUGUCUGGGGCAAACCCAGGCAGACAAAACCAUAAUUGUAACCCAGGAGAUAAUUCACCACUGGGAAGCAGAUUUGGCUGAAUCCUUCCCUCAGACUGGCGCCCAUGAUGUCAGUCUGCAGCCAGAGGACUUUGUAGUUAGUAUCAUUUCUAUGGACUAUGGGAUGAAAGACAAGAACCCCAUCAACAAUGUGCAUUUCUAUUGCAAGAAUGACCUCACCAAGGCCAUCCAGAUUCGUAAGAACCAGGUGUCUAAACUUCUUCCGGAGCAGUUUGCUGAGCAGCUGAUCAGGGUCUACUGCAAGAAGACCGAUGACAGAAGUCUGGAGGCAGCCAAGAAACACUUUGUCCAGUGGUGCAUGGACAUGAACUUCUCAAAGCCUCAGGAUGGAGACAUAAUAGCGCCUGAGCUGACUCCUCUGAAACCCAGCUGGUCGAACAACAACGAAGGCGAGAAUGGUAAAGGAGGCAGCUCCAGAGGAGUGAACUGUGCAAGUGUAAAUGGACAAAAGACGGCCAAAACUAAGCUUUCUUUUUAAGUGAGAGGAAGAGAGCAGAUAACCCCUUCUGUUACACAUUUAGUAGAUAAGACAGUAUUGAGUGAAAACUAUAUUUUUCUACGAGGUGAGUAUGUUGGCGAGCACAGUGAAGGUUAAAAACAUUAAUUUCAUUUGAAACACAGCAAAUGCCAAAAAUAUUUCUUUAAUGGAUGCAUUUUCAGGGUUUGGAGUCGCUGAAAUCCCUCUUAAGUAUUACACACAUUUUUGUUUUAGUUUGAUCAUUUUAAUCAGGUUUUAUUUUACACUCCCCACACUAUUUGGAGCUGCGAGUGUCACAUUUUUAAGUUCAGUUAUUGUUUUAUACCAUGCACUACUAUGCAAUAGCUUACUAUCAUGUAUUUGCAUUCUGAUCAAUAAAUCAUGGUCAAUUGAAAUGAUUUACUCUGAACAUGUGCACUAUAUAUUUCAGGGCAGUGCAUUUUUACAGCUGAUGUGUUUCAGGGUAUUCUCUUAUCAGCUAUUAAAAGUAUAUCAAAUCUGCAGUCAAAAGUUACUCUGCGAACAAACGUUUGCUUUUACUUGUGAAAUUAUUUAGACAUUUUGAUUUGAUCUUUUGUAAAUGUAUUUAUUUUUCAGAAGUGUUUUGUGUUUGGGUGUGUUACAUAGUACUUUAUUUAUUGUUCUAAAGGUCAGCUCAGCUUGACCUUUUUUUUUUUUUCUUUUUUUUUUUUUUUGCCUUACAGAUCUGUGCAACAUUUUAAAGGUUAUUUUGGAUAACCGUUAAAAUGUUUCCUCAUAAUAAAAUGUGAUGCGGCCCCAUCAGUCUUGCCUCAUAGAUGGUUGUUUUGUUUUACUGAUUGUGUACAAAAGAAUACUAUUUUUGAAAGAAUAUAAAGGGAAGCCUAGUAAGGGUUUUGAGGAGAUAUAUAUUGUAGAUGGUAUUUCUAUUGAAAGGGGUUGAAAACGGUUUGAAAAUAAAACUCUUUCUGUCA